CCUGCCAGUUCAAUCUGAUUGACAGCUAGAAAAAUAAGAUUAACUUCUGGUUAUAAUCGGUUUAAUUGUCGUCUGCAUCCUACCGCCCCUAAGGCAAUGUUAUCAGCAUAGUUGACAGUGUUUGGAAAUACACCAGAGAAGAUGGCAGCAGUGUCAAGGGCUCCUGUGCCACCGCCAAAACCCCCAACACCAAAAAAUAUGGAAGGAGCAUUGGUUGAGAAAAACAAACUACCAGAGCUGAAGAACAGUGAUCUAGCUAUAGAUAAGACUAAGCCUCUCCCCACCUCUCUUCAAAGUGAUUUCCUUCCUGACGAUGUACUCUUUGCUCUUACUCAACCCCCAACUGUGAAGGAUGUCCUGGGACCACCUUCUAAAUACAGAGCUCUUAACACAUCUGUGGCUAGGACACGACCACCACCUGCUAAUGUUUGGAAUUCACAAAGACGGGAGAGGUUUAAACAUUUAACUGAGAACACUUCAUGUACAUGUGGCGCUGGAAAAGAUAUCUCAUUUCUGUAUGAUGUACCGAAGGCUGAGAAGAAGGCGGAGAGACCAGACAAAAUUGAUAAGAGCAUCGUCAGGAAGGAGGCUACAGAACCACAACGCAAAGUACUUCAGCUGCCAGACACUCUGAUACCAGAGGAAUACCACAUUGUGAAAAACAAAGGUGUACUUGGAAUAGAAUAUAAUGAAGAUAAAUAUAGUAACCAAGUUGAAGACCAUGAAAAACAUCUUGUAAUUUUUCCUUCUAUGAAGCCAGCCAGUAGAUAUGAGGUGGUACAGUUAAAGUCUACAAUGGAGGAAAUGCUGGACAAAGCUGGCAUCAAUGAUGCUGAUACAGAAAUAAAAGGUCCUACUCAGAUGCAUAACCUGCUCGAGCUGAUCAAGAAAGAACAGAACAUUUACAAUAUUGUGUUCCACGAGUUGAUACGGCAGGCCAGUAUAGAAUGUGUUGAGAGAGGGGAACUACUUGCUGAUCUUAGGGGGAAAUAUAGCAACCUGCUAAAUAAAGUACCACAACAAAUUAAAAGUUUACAUGAAGAGGUUAUGGCACAGAGAGCAUUGGAUAGAAGACUUACAGAAGAACUUAUGAGAUUUAAAUCAACCAUCAGUGUACUAACAAGCGAAUUGUCGGAAGUGAAGGAACAUGACAAGAAGGUGACUCAGGAGGCACAUCAGGCUCAGGAAGAUUUAAAAACAGCACUUACUGAAGCCCAGAAGAACGCAAGUCUGUUAGCAGAGUACCAUGAAUUGUAUGAGUUACAGAGACGUCGACUUGAGUCUCAGGUCUUCAUGUUGACAGAGGAGAGAGAAAUUUGGAGUACUGCAUCCUACUGUCUGGCGAUGAAGGUUACAGAAGAGGCUGGACUAACCACUGCUAAACGUUUACAUGUGAACGAGAAAGCCUGGGCCAAGCUUGCUCAUCAUUUUACUAUACUGCUUAGUGAUAAGGACACAGAUCUCCUGACAAAAAUACAGACGUUUGUAGAGAGAUGGCGAGAUAUGGUUGAAGAGUUCAGUAUUGCACUCAAACAUCGUGAAGAAGAAAUGAGACAGCAGCUCCGAUUACUGUCGCCAGGCAUUGAUAGGUGGCUUAAAGAACUAAGGAAAUGUUUCACUGAAGAUGGUCAGUUUGUGAGACCACCCUUUGAAAAAGAGCAGAAAGGCUUGCUGGAUGAAAUGAGGAAAUGGGAAGAACUUCUUGGAAAAGAAACAGAGAAGUUUGGGGGAGAUAUGUUACUGAAUGGGCAAGAACAGUUAAAUUUUAUCAAGAUGCAGAUGGAGGGAUGGACAGACAACUCUCUGUUGGUAUUCAGCAGACAUAGAGGUAGUGACGGAAACACACAUCCUGACCAAAUCAAUAUGAUGGCUUUAAAUGAGGAAGUAGAGAAGUUGCUUCACCAGUUUAAUACAAGAAUUACAGGAGAAAAUGGUGUAGCAACUAACGUUAUACAUUUAAUGAAUGGUAUGGAAACAUGGGAUAUGAAGAUAACUUCCAGUAUCAAUGGAACCAUGCCUAUACAUGAUAAUGAGUGGGCGGGGCUACUUCUCACCAUGGAGGAGUGGCUUUCUUCAAUUGAAGAGGCUAUUGAGUAUGUAGGCUCCACCCAGAGGGAGGAUGAGCGUGUAGAAAAUCGAGCACACACCAGGUCAAAGCAAAAAGGAUGGUUGCUAGGAGUUGAAGUAAAUGAUGUAAUUAGAAAAGUACAGAAGUGGGUUACCACGGCAACCAAUGCUGUUGACAGUGAAGAUGGGAAGCUAGUUGAACAGGUGACAACCUUGCACUCCGACAUGAUACGAUGGAUGGUCCAGGUUUUGUUACGACUUGCUCCAGACAAGGAAGGUAACUCUAAGGAAGCAGGAGAAAUGGCAUUACUGGGCAGUGCAACAGUAUCACAGCUACAUCAGAAUGCUAAAUCCUUGUUUGACCAACUACAGAUGUUUUCAGUAUAUGUUGUCCAAACUUGUACCAAAUAUAUUGAACAAGAGUUACUGAAUUUUGAAAAAUUCUCCUAUAGAGUGUGCUGCAAUGGUAUAGUGAUGGACAACACCCAGAGGAGAAGAGAUCAGAUGGAAGAAAAUGCUGACCAUGAACUGAAAGAUUUACAGAGAUUGAAGCAUGAAUGUGAUGACUGGAUUAAAACUGCCAAGAUUUUGACCAGUAAGCUCUUGUCUGAGCCUGUGGACACAUUGUUCCCGCCAAAACCAUCAGAUAUUGAGAAGAAGGAACCAAAACAGGUAUCUCUCAUUCAGCAAGAUCAGGAGUACGUAGAUCAAGAAAAACUGAAGAAACCUGAAGACAUGGAAGUGAAGGAGAGAGAGAAACCUAAGGAGGGAGAGGGUGAGCGAACAUCACAAGAGGUGAAAAUAGAGGGAGUAGAGGGUGAACAAACAGAAGCUGGUACAGAGGUGACAAAACCAACAAGAGAGAAGGCAAAGCCAGAGUCAAGUACAAGUACACAGACACAAGCAGAGGAGAAGGAUGGAGAGAAGCUAGAAGUUAUAGGUGGAGAUGAUAACACUCAUGUACAAAAUCUGGAACAGAGGCCCAGUCAGCCAUUCCUUCCUGCCAGUCAACCAGCUCCUCAAGGCACAGCUGGUGUUGGAGGCCCAGACACUGCCAAAGCUUAUGAGGCCCUGGCUGCAGUAGAUUCACUUCAAAAACAGUUACUGGCUACUGAAGAGCGAGCUCAGCUGGCAGAAGAAAAAGCUGAUACUGCUGAAGCAGAACUAAACGUAUGCCUUGAGAAGAUUAGGGAAAUGGCAAAAAAAAUUGUGAUCGAGAAAACUGUCAAAAGAGGGGGCCCGGAAAAACAAAAGGGGGGUUUAAACCAGCAACCCCCAAAACCCAAAAAAAUCAGUCCGUCCCCUUCUAAAAGGGAUCAGAUAUUGGAAAAACCCCUGGCCUGA